CACUUCAAACCUCGGAGAGACGGAGACCAGUUGAUAGCUGAGAAUGAAGUCAGUCCAGAAAGCACAGCAAAUUUUCUCUCUUGCCUCAAAACCCACCAUCACACAACUCUCAAUUCCCUUCUCCUCUUCUUCAACCAUUGAUUCGAUCACUUCAACAAAACCAACACAAACUCAAACUCAAACUCUAACCCAAGAAGACCUCACAAACAUCAACCUCCUCCUCCCACGCCUCUGCCUCUCAGGCCACCUCGACACCUCAACCCACCUCACCAUCACAGCCCUCCUCACAAACCCACCUCUCCAUUCCCUCUCUCUCUCCAUUCUCAUCCACUCCUUCACUUCCCAACCCGACAUGGCCCGGCCCAUGUCACUUCUGACCCGCCUCCGCCACAACCCACCUUCCCAUUCCUAUCUCACUCCCAUCACAACCAUGCUCAUUGCCUCUUAUUUCAAGAGAAAGAGACCCAGAGAGGCCCUCAAGCUGUUCAACUGGAUGGUGAGGCCUGGCUCCCCAGUUGUGCUUGAUGAGAGAGUUUGUGGGGUUUUGGUUGGUGGGUUUUGUAGGAAUGGGAUGGUGCUUGAGGCUUUGAAUGUUUUGAGGGCAAUGUUGGGUGCGAGUAUCGUUCCGGGAUGUAAUUUGAGGAAGUGGGUUUAUAGGGGUUUGUUGAGGGAGGCUAGGAUUAGGGAGGCAUUGGAGUUGAAUGAGGCUUUGGAUUGUGUUGGGGAUAGUGAGAAAGGUUGUGUAUCUGAGGGUUUUAGGAAGGUUUUGGCUUUAUUGGAUCAUAUGAUUGAUAAGUGGACAGAAUAGAGCAGCCUCUUGCGAAGGAGUAUGGAGUGACUGAUGUGCCGACAUUGCUGCUUUCUCCACGCACAAUUGGGAAAAGAUUCUUGUCAAGCUGUUGUCUCUGGUGUUGCUCUUAUAUGUUCCUUAGCUGAAGCCAUAAAGAGCUGCGAACUCUAGUCAUGUCUUCACCACAGCAUCUAUUAUAUCAUGGUCCAUUUUUCUUCUGUUUAAGAGGCACCUGAAUACAAAAGGUUUGUCCUCAGUGCAGAAUACCAGCUUGAUAGAAGCAGGACGCUUGAACUUGGAGAAAUUUGGGCUCCCAAUCUUUGACAGAAUCACUGUUUGAGUGGUCCUGUCGCCAAAUUUUACUACCAUCAAUCGUGCCUUCAAAUGCGUAACAGACGUGCAAAGUUGUUUGUUUGCAGUGCUCUUCUUUCAGCCUUCUUAUUUGCAAUUCCUUCCCCCACCCCAGUCCCUGAAGCCGAAACUGUAAUGCUGCAUUUGUGACAUUGCCAAAUGGACAGGCUUAAAGAAGUUGUAUCAACUCAUGUUGGUGAAUGACUUGAGUUCUGAUUACAAAUGUAAUGUUCAAGUUGACAAAGUCUUUAGGGCUUCGUUUAUUAGAUAAUGCCAUAACCCCAUGUUAUUCAUGCAGAGGUGAUAAUACAGCGAAUCUCAAAGCUAGUAAUUUCGUGAAGUGAGAACUGUAAAAUAACAUGAUUGUUACGGGAAAGUUAUAACUUGCAACCAGGGCUGGUCCUGAGCAUUUAGGGGCUUGAGAUUGAUUGAUUCCUUUAAUGCAAAAUCUAAUUCAUAAGAUAUGAAUAAGAAACUUCAAACUUGAAUAUUAACUAAUAAAGAAGAUAAGAAA